UAGCCAAUUUAACAUUAUAUACAUUUUUCCGGAUUGAGUUUGAAUUUUAGAAUAUUCCGGAUUUCCGGAUUUGGUUUUGUUAUUAGGAUUUUUCGCGGGGAACGAGCAGUUUAGAUUUUUUCCUAGUCCCUGUGCUGAACACCAUUUACAUUUACCAUGUUUACUAUGUUUGUUUCUACGAGAGAAAACUUCUAAGUUGUUAAUCACAUCAUCACAUCUAGUCACAUCACGUGUCAUUACAUCAAGUCACGUCAUCAUGUCCUAAAUCAUCAUUAUAGUUAUACAAUGACUGAAUAAAGAUGUGCAUUAACAACAAGUUGACUCUUCCUUGAUGGUAGUCAGUACAACAUUAACAACUUAGAAGAUCUUGUCCCUAAAGAAGCUGUACUUCGUCAUGGCGGAUGGUGCUACGGGAGAGACAAGACCUAGAACUCAUACCGAGAAAGGUUUAGAAUAUCAUCUCGAUCGUAAGUCUAAGUAUCGUCGGGGAUGUGAAAAUAAACUGGUGUCUUUGAGUGAGGAUAUCGAAGAAUUAUUAACAACAUCAACAGAUGUGAAUGAAGUCAAAGAACUGUACAAGAAAUGGCUGAAAGUUUACGAUGAACUUUUAUUUACACAUGAAAGUCUUCAGGGCUUAUUGAAACUUUCGACCGGAAGUGGAGAAAGUGAUGACAAAGAAUUUCAGGACAGGAAUUCCCGAUUUCAUAAAGUGAAAGAUUCUGUAGAACAGUGGUUCGGGAAACAUUCAGUGCAACCUACUCCAAAGAAAAUACCAUCUGAUGUGAAAUCGAGACUGUCGAGUGCAUCGAGAACUUCAAGUCAAAUUUCACUUGAGAAAUUAAAAGAAAGUCAACGAAAAGCAGAACUGUUGGCCAAAGCAUCAGCUUUAGAUGAACAACGAAAAUUAGAAGCGGCUAAACUGGAGCUGAAAAUGAAAGAAGAAGAAUUGAAGAUUAAAACUGAACUUCAGAUAAGUGAUGCACGAUCCAAAUUAUUGGAAGAAUUAGAGAAAAUUCACAUGUGA